UUUUAUAUCAAAUCAAAUUGAAUAGUUUGAUUAAAAAAAGGUCUGAUUAUUAUAAACCUUAAAUGGGCCCACUAUUAAUCGUGUGAUGAUAUGGGCAAAGGUUGGACAUUAGGUGCGUCCAUAGGUUCACUUCUUUUUUCUUUUCCUCGGACCAACAGAUGGAGAAGACGAUACUAUGUUCAAUCUACAGUUUCUCUCUUAUUCUGAUGCCUCUGCUACUCAUUCUAUCACAACCUAUUCAGGGUAAUGACAGCGAUGCUGCAAGACAUCUUAGAGAAGAGCAGCCUGAAGUUCAUUGUUCAAGAGAGAGGAGCAGAGCAGCCUGGAAAAUAAUAGAGGAGUAUCUCAUGCCUUUUGUGGAGAAAGAAAAGUAUCAACUUUCAAGCCAAUGCAGACUUCAUCCGAGCAAUGAUAUAUUUAGAGAACAAGAAGAGCACAAGGUUCAUGUAGACGUAAAUGAAUGGAGAUGUGGGUAUUGUAAAAAAAUCUUUCGAGCAGAAAAGUUUCUGGAUCAGCAUUUCGACAACAGGCAUUACAAUCUUCUCAAUGUUAGUCAUGGGAAGUGCUUAGCAGAUCUUUGUGGAGCCUUGCAUUGUGAUUUUGUGAUUAAUUCUCAAUCUCAUAAAACUAAGUGCAAUCCUGCUGCGGCUGCAAGAAAUCGUCAUUUAUGCGAGAAUGUAGCUGACAGCUGUUUUCCUGUUAAGGAUGGUCCCUCGGUGACUCGUCUUCACGAGUUCUUUUUGCGCCAAUUUUGUGAUGCUCACACUUGCUUGAAAGGGAGAAAACCUUUCGCAAGGGGAGGCAGGAAGCAUACAAGUAUCUUCUACUUGGCGACAUCUGUACUGGUUUUAAUGUUCCUUCCUAUAUUUUACUUGAUUGUGUACUUGUACCAAAGGGAAUCGAGAACGGGGACAACACAACUUAAGCGCAUUUCAAAAGCUGGAAGAAAAUCAAAGCCUUCUUAAUAAUGGGUAUACUGUAGUUAAUUUUUCUUGAAUUUCAGAAAACGAGACGUUAGCACUCUAGAACAGAGAUUAGAAUGGGAUUUCAUAAGUCCUGGUGUUUUGUCCACCUUCUUUCAGCAUUCAUGUAUCUCAUCGGAUUAUGUAUCCUUGUGAAUGGUGAAUUGAAGGUGGCUUGAUGGGGCAAGGUGAAAAAAAAAAAGUUAAAUUGGGAAAAGAAAAACAUCAUGCAAUAUCCUUAUAAGAAUAGGCCAUUUGGUGGAGGUGAAACAGUCUCAUCAUUUCCAAAUAAAAAUGCCAUGUUGUAUAACCCCAUUAUGAUUUACGGUGAUAAUGUUUGGGUAUCGACUUUGUCCAUUUUUAUUGACUUUUCAAAUUAUCAUUUGUGAUUGGAU